AUGCCAAUCCUACGGCGUUAUUGCAACUGUCCACUUGACAGAAACCGAAUGUCAUCCAACUACCAAACGCAGAAAAAAGGCGCCCUGAUUGUUAGUGAUCUGCGUGUUGAUGACUUUGGGUAUCUGUGUAUCCACCUGACACCGAUAACAGCAUCAAACGCAUACUCCUUACCUCACCACUUUCAGCUUGUCACAAGCGAAAAGCGGAUAAUCUUUCUUCCCUUUUCAGCUAUGCUAAUCUAUCGCGUUUUUCAUAAGUGUCCGAAACUGCCUUUGAAGGCUGUCCACGGUGUUUUGAUGAUACUCGGUCUUCUCUUUUCCGUGGUUGGUCUCAAGGCCGCCUUCGAUUCCCACAAUCUACGCGGCAUACCCGACAUGUACAGCAUUCAUAGCUGGAUUGGCCUAGUCACUGUCAUCCUCUUUGCUGUGCAGGUAAGAUACGAGGCAUUGCAUGGAUAA